AGAUCGUAAACACAGAAAUGUAGACAUCAAUCUCAAGUAAAAAUGGACUUCUUUAGAGAACUUAGAGAGCUGCGAGGUAACAAGGGUAGAGAAAAAGAAGAGGAUGGGGUUAUUUCUGCAAAGCCCAUCACGAUGAUAGUGCCGCCGGCCCUGCAAGACUUGCCGGAAAGGAUAAUGCCUGAAAGCAGUGCCGGUUCAAGUGCCAAAGACGACUGUGGCGACCACCACGCUUCACCAUCCAACAAUUCAUCCUCUGAACAGACACCUAGUCACGGGGAAGACACGAGGGAUGUUGUUGGCAAUGCGCCAGAUCUGAUCGUGGUUGGGGAAUGGGCAGCGCUUCAUCACGAAGUGGCAGACAACGCGCCCUCAAUAAGCGGGUAUAAGAAACUGGAGGAGAUGAGGUUGGAGAUACCUGCCAAGGCGAUAGUGUUCAGGUCGCUAUUCCAAUGUCGGCUGUGUCCCAACUCCAGAGGUGCAAAGUGGUACUACCUCUCUGGGAGGGAAAAGAACCAGCUCUUCAAGGAUGUUAGGAAUAAAGUGGCGAGGUGGAAGAGGCAGCUCGUUUUUGUUCGUGAUAUGCGAACCGAAAGGAUAAAUAACGACCUCGUUGCCCAGCUUUUUGAGUGGCGUCUCGCCAUGUUUGGGUUUGUCAACGUGGCAAACCAAUUCACUGAAGCAACAUACUUGAGAGGCAACGCCGACGAGCCUAGAACUCGCGAGGUCGUACAGUGGGCUCUGGCCCUGCACCGAGCACAGGUUGAAGCCUUGGCCCCCAGUGCACGUAGGCGUCCUCGUGAGGAUACGGACAGUGAAGAUGAGAUCCCCCUCACUAGGUGCAGAAUGAGUUGGGGGCUCAGCCUGCUUAGGCGGUUCAAUCUGCAACGGAUUACAUAUCCUGAGGGCUUCAGCUACGUGAAGACUGAUUGCCAGCCCACCAUGGUGCAGGGCAUGCAAAGUUUUGUGCCUCCCGUGGAUCGGCAGCGGGCCAAGAGCUACGUACAGCAACAUGGUGGGCAAGUGGUCAUGAUCAAACUGAUGGAUGCGUUUAGCUAUGCGGUCGUUCUGUUUGAGAGCGAACAGGGAGCUCGUGCACAGAAUAGCGAGCUCAGUGGCAACUGCAAACAGCUGGCCACUAAGAAGGCGAGUUUAGUGGACGACGUCAAUCGUCUGCAAGGCUCUGAAAUGGCCACCCGAGCUGCAUCGACCGAGAGUCGAGCAGAGGAGCUGGCGAGCAGGAAUAAUGAGCUCAAGGAAGAGUUGGAGAGGGUCCGUGCUGAGAAGGAAAGCGAGAUUCAGGCAACUAAGGAUGAGGCCGCCUGCCUUGAGGAAUUGGCCAAGAAAGCUAAAGCCGAGAGGAACAAUGCUUUGAACGAGUUGAGCUCCUUCAAGCAGCAAGUCACCAAGGCUGCUCAGAACCUUACUCAGGUGAAAGAUGCUUCGAACAAAGCAAAGAAAUCUCAUGAGCGCUCUGUAAGCAUCGCUUGCGCUCAAGGGGCUGAAUGGCUAGUCAGCUCGGCCGUGUUCCAAGACGCUGUGGCGGUGGCGUCUGCGAACAUUACCACGAAAAUCUACAACGAGAUCCGUGGGAAGGAGCUGCAACAUUGUCCUGACUUCCCGAUACGUGAGCUGGCGUUCAUUAAUGGGGAAGAUCUUGACGAGGAGGGUAAGAGCCUUGCUCCCCUUGCUGACACAACUGUGCGGUUGAGAUGGGAGCUCAACGAGGAGGGAGUACCCGUUUGGCCCCCCUCAGUCCUAGAAGAAGGGGAGGAUCUAGAGGGCCUACCCUCGUUUGACUCAUGGGCUGAAGGGGCUCCUGUGGCUAAACCAGAGCUGUCGAGCACUCCCUCGAGCUCUCAGCCCACCGUUGUGCCAUCAGGGUCUCCCGUUACUGCACCAGCUGGCCCUCCUUCAGCUCAGUCCUUUCCAGCUUGUGCCUCGGGCCCUCCCGCUGACGUGUCCAUGCCCGUCGAUCUGACGGAUGAUUAGCUAUAGGAUUAUACUUUGUCUUUUUCUUUUGUGUUUGUUGUUUUUUCCUUGAACAACUUUAUCAUGAUCUCUUGUAUUAAAAUUUUGUAGCUUUU